UAGAAAGAGAUGGAGAGAAAGAGAGGAGGGAUUGUGGAAUUGAGAAAGAGGAGGAGGGGAGGAGCAGUAAUCAUAGGGCCUUGGCCAGCUGAGUUCUCACUCAUUCACAGACUGGAUGGACUUACUCCAAUAGUUGCUCUCAGCUGGAGGAUAACAGGAAUCAAACAACAUGAAGACAGUUUUCCUGUGGCUACUCCUCCUCAGUGUGGUUCGCUGCAGUUUCAGUGCCAGGAUACUGGCCAUGGCACCUUUCCCUGGCAAGAGUCACUACAUCUUUUUAUCUGGGAUCUUUAAAGCCUUGCAUCAAAGAGGACAUCAUAUAGUCGAAUACAGUCCCUUCCCUCCCAGUAAACCGUUGGCUAACUACACCCACGUGGAAGUCCACACGGAAUUCGAAAAGCAAACUCAAAAUUGGACUUUCGAUCAAUUUUCACAAAUAGCAAAACUUUCCAACAGCAUCUGGCCCAACCCUUUUGGAUUCAUAAAUGUUUGGUGGAUGACAAACCCAAUGUGUAAAGAAAUCUUUCAGCAAGAGAGCAUAAAGAACCUGAUAAACUCUAAGGAGCACUUUGAUCUCGUGAUAACAGAGUCCACUUUUGGACAAGAAUCAAUGUUAGUGUUUGGAAGUAGAUUUGGAGCACCAACAAUCACAGUUCAAGGAUUCUCAAGUGUUCCGUCUUUGAAUAGAGAUGCUGGUAAUGCAUUGUCUAUAGCUACAAUUCCUGAGAUGGCAUCUUUUGUUGCAACAGACAAUAUGACUUUUGUGCAAAGACUAUUCAACUUUGUGUCAGUUAUAUGCUCUCUGCUACUCUACUACAACUAUCAGUUGCCCGCCCAAGACAAAAUCCUGCGAGAGUACUAUAUCCAAGAUGCACCCAGCAUUGGUGAACUGGUUGGGAAUGUCUCUCUUUACCUCGUCAACAGCCAUCCUGCUGUAGAGUAUCCAAGGCCAUACACUCCAAAUAUCAUCCCCAUCGCAGGCAUCACUAUUUCUCCUGACAGGACACCACUUCCCAAGGAUCUCAAGAAAUUUAUGGAUGAUGCCAAGGAAGGAGUGGUGUACUUCAGCUUGGGGACGGUUGUGCCAGUUCAUAUCCUUCCAGAGGAGCUGCUUCAAGCAUUUGUCAGUGCUUUCAAGAAACUGCCACAGAAAGUUAUCUGGAAAAUUGAUCUUGAAAGUAUUCCAAAUCUUUCCAAAAAUGUGAUGCUCACAAAAUGGGUACCUCAACCUGGAGUAUUAGCUCACCCCAACUGUGUCUUGUUCAUGACACAUGGAGGAGCAUUCAGCCAACAGGAAGCCAUCCAUGCAGGAGUACCAACUGUUGGUAUUGCAUUUUUCGGAGAUCAGCCCUCCAAUGUCAAGUUUGCAGAAUACCGCGGUAUUGGUAUCAGACUAGCUUUUGACAGUAUUUCAGAGGAAACUAUCUCUACAGCAAUUAACACUGUUUUGAAAAAUCCCAAGUACAAAGAGAACGUUCAGCGACUAUCUCGUAUAUUUCACGAUAGACCAAUGUCCCCCGCUGACUCAGCAGUGUUCUGGGUGGAGUAUGUGCUGAGGCAUAGAGGAGCUCAUCACCUGAGAUCUGCUGCCACACAACUGUCCUGGUACCAGCUGGCUCUCCUGGACAUCCUGGCAGUUGUCAUGGCUGUCAUUGUCAUCCUGUGUUUGGUCCUGUGGAAAUUAUUGUCAUUAGUCUUUUGUAGGAAAGGACAGAAAAAUGUUUCCAUGAGUAAGAAGAAAAACUGAUCAUCUUGGGUUAAUUUGGUGUGGAAGUGUUAAACUUCUUGUCAAAUGUAAUUAUGAGAUGGUAGGAAUCAGCCUGUUGUAUUGGAUUUAAAUCGGAAGACCCAUUAGCAGGGAAAUGUAAUGUAUCAAAUGAGACGCCAUUCGGAAGUCUCUGUGGAAGAAGUAGACAGUAGACAGUAAAAAAAUACUUUACUUCAAGAAAGUUUAAAAUACUUUUAAACAAACAGGUCAUAGAGCUCAGCUCACUUUUAAAUACUAUUAACAGAAGAAAAGAAAUUACAGCAUACAUUAUUAGUUGUCACCCAGUAUUUUUACAAUAUUAUCAGUUCCUCACUACAUCAUAACUUUCAACAUUCCACAAAGUAAUAACAUGCAUUUUCUAUGUUUAACAGAGCAAGUAUCUGAACAAUAAAUUCUGUGACAAAAUAUUUACUGUAACUGUAAAUUUUAAAUGAAAUAUCAACAAUAAAUAAAAUACUAAUACAAAUCAACAAUAGUUUUUAUGGUACAUCUAAUGAACAAAUCUGCAAUAAAUAAACAAAUACAAAUCAACAAUAAUAUACAGUAAAUAACUGCAGAUCAACAACAACAUACAGUAAAUUCUAACAGAAAUACCAACAAUAACUAUGCAAAAUUAAUAUUAAAUAAAUAUAUUUAUAGUGCUGAACAAAGUUUAAAACUAUUUACUAAAUAUAAAAUUUAGUGAUACAUAAACUAUGCUGCAGAGAUGCAGACUAAUACCAUUAUUAGAUAUUAAUUUCAUUUUUUGAGAAUUGCGAGGGAAU